AUGAUGAGUCACUGCAACAACAACAAACUAGUAACAAGGAGGAGAUGGUUGACCCAGAUGAUACAACUGAAGUAAAAGAGGAGAAGAAGAAGGGAAUGCAGGACGGAACCUCUUUAGACUUAGGUCAGAAGGUAGAAGAUAGCAGUCAACCCGCUAAUGAUGAAGCUACGGUGAAAAUUUCCAUCUGUGACACAGACAGUAGCUGGACUGAUUCAAAAGGUACCCAGAAUUAAUAUUUUAUGACAUACAGUGGAACCUCUAAUGUCAAAACACAAUCCGCUCUGGAACCCUGGACGACCUCCUACGUAGAAUUACAAUAGUAAAUACGACGGUAAACUACAGUAAAUGAUGGAGUUUCAAUAUCAAACUGUUACAAUUAUUGAACGUUUGUUACCUGUACAGGCAUUUGUUUUAGGUCUCACCUGUUCAGUUCACGCAUACAAGUAUAAAAAUAAUUGAACUACUAAGUUAACAUAUAUAGUUAUAGUACAACAUAAAAAUAAAGCACUUAAAACAAUGACUGAACAUGAUGUAAUGCCGAGGUGUUUCAGAGAACGGGUUAUACAUCCAUCCACUUUCUGAACCACUUAUUCUCAUUAAGGUUGUGGGUGAGCUGCUGGAGCCCGGAUGACUUUGGGCUUGAGGCGGGGUACACCCUGGACUUGUCGCCAGCCAAUCGCAGAACACAUACAGUAUAGACAAACAGCCAUUCACACUCACAUUUCAACCGACAAUUUAGUCUUCAAUUACGGUAACCUAAGAAGUAUGCUAUCGGAAUGUGGGAGGAAGCCGAGGUAGCCGGAGAAAUCCCUCGCAAAAACAGGCAGAACAUGCUAACUCUACACAGGAACGCCUGAGCCCAUAUUCGAACCCCGAAUCUCAGAACUGUGAUGCGGAUGUGCUAACCACCCGCCCAAGAACAGGUUAACCACAGUAAACUAAUCAUUCAAAUACCGUACCUCAACUAUGAAAGUAUUGUGUUGAAUGUGAGUUACCUCUCAGUCUGUCAGGGAUGCUAAGGUCUCAAUGCAUAUGCUGACAUCAUGCAUGACACGGGUUCAGCCUCUCAAGUUUUGUGUGGCUUUUGAGGCAAAUAGUUCAGCAGAUGUUGGUUGAAUUCCGAAUUGAGUGACCACGGGAUACCACGUAUUGGGCUUGAGAGGUUCCACUGUCUUUGUUUGUAUACUAUCUGAAAAGCUAGCAGUGUGGGGAAUUGGUUCCUUUUUUGAUGCCUCUCCGCUGCAGAUGAUGACAAAACUAUCAUGACAAAGCAAAUCAUAGCUCUUCCGCCAAUCCAGUGUGCCACUCAGGACAUAAUCGGGAUGGACACACCCUCUAAGCGAGUCCCUGGCAGAGGAAGUAAAGUGACACGCAAAAGUCCCAGCUUUCGCCCAAAAGAGGAGAUGAAGAAGAAAAAAGGCGUCAUGCGGAGGGCGGACCAGAAUAAGGUCUCAGCCUUACAGAGUCGAAAAAGCGUAGCCAAGGCGGUGGCCAGACAUCCUCGGCCAGCUGUGCUUCACGGUUCUGCGAGACGCAAAGCCGCAGGUGUUGAAAGCUCUCAGCCUUUAAGUGUCCACCAGUCCAGGGAGAGACCUACUCCUUUGUCCUUGCAUCUGUCUCGAGAGAGAAAAUCUUCACCAUCUGUCUGGCAUGCUUCUCUCCAUCUUGUUAUGACUGCUACCCAGAGCCCCACACGGCCUGUUCUGUUAAAAGUGGCAUUGCAGAGCCGCGGUUCUGAUCAGGAACCCCCACGGCCUGACUCUGCAUGUAGCCUUAAACGGAGCCCCCAAGUGGAGGCGGUGCUCAGUGAGGCCCGGCCCUCCACUGCAUGCUCCCGCCCUCCCCCUCUGAAAAAUACACAGGUAGAGAAGGAGAGAGCAUACCGUAGUCCGGAGAAGAGGUCAUCUCUUCCCAGGCCGUCCAAGUCACUGACCCGCCACCUUCCUGCAGCUGAACAAGAAGACAACUGCACCCCCUCCAGGCCAACCUCUAUCAGCUCUGAGGCCAAAGUCGACUGCAGGUCUGGGAGGGGCCCUGCUAUGGCAGGCACAGACUCUGGACGUUCCUGGUCGGCUCGCAGCGGAACCUCUACCCCUGGAUCCUCUGCUGUCACACCCGGCACGCCCCCAAGCUACUCCCGCACGCCCGGCUCACGCACCCCUGGCAGCCACACGCCCAAGUCCUUCAGCGUUCUCCAGGAGAAGAAGGUUGCGAUAAUCCGCACCCCGCCCAAGUCGCCAUCCUCAGCCCAGCGGCAGUUGAAGGUUCUCAACCAACCCUUGCCUGACCUAAAAAAUGUCAAGUCAAAGAUUGGCUCCACCGCCAAUCUUAAACACCAACCCAAAGGCGGACAGGUGCAAAUUUUAAACGAGAAGCUGGACUUCAGUCAUGUUGAGUCAAAGUGCGGCUCCAAGGAUAAUCUGAAACACACGUCCAAAGGAGGCAAUGUCAUGAUUCCAAGUGUUAAAUUGGACUAUAGCCACGUCCAGGCUAAAUGCGGCUCCCUGAAUAAAAUCCAGCAUGCCCCAGGCGGAGGAAACGUCCAAAUCCAGACCAACAAAAUCGAUUUAAGCCACAUCACUUCUAAAUGUGGCUCCAUGUCUAACAUCCACCACAGGCCAGGUGGAGGCAACAUUCGGAUCGAGAAUGUGAAGUUGGACUUUAAAGACAAAGCUCAAUCCAAGGUCCGCUCACUGGACAACGCCAGCCACAUGCCAGGAGGCGGGAAUGUGAUGAUCGAAAGCCACAAGCUGAGCUUUCGUGACUCCGCCAAAGCUCGGGUAGACCACGGUGCAGAAAUUGUCGUCACCCAAUCCCCCGGGCUGGAGAUGGGAAGCACCUCACCUCACAUGUCCUCCGCCGGCAGUAUGAAUCUUUUGGAGUCGCCACAGCUUUCUACACUGGCCCAAGAUGUCACCGCCGCACUGGCCAAGCAGGGCUUAUGAGCCGCUCGCUUUGGGUCAUCCCUCCUCCCUAACAGUUUAAUUCAGUCAAAAGCAUCACGUGUUCUCUCGCGGCCCACUCCAGACCCUCCACCCCUGCAGUUCUGCUUUCCAGAGGGAUGUAAAAAAAAAAAAAAAAAAGAGAAUUCUCCAAUUAUUAAUCCACUCCGUAUUCAAGUUACUGUCUUCAUCCUUCAUUGGACUUUUGUGUACUUGUGCAGAAGACGGCGUGUCUGGUAUAAGAUUGUACAGUGUUUUUUUUUUUUUUUAAGCAUUGCGGCAUUGCUCUUGCAUGGGGACCACUCUUGAAGUAAACUCAAUUUGCAGCAACUUGGAAAACUAUUUGAAACUGUGAUAAAAAGAACUACUAGCUUCUAAUGUUGGGGGUCUGAUGAGCAUGUCUGUUAAAAGAAAUGUGGCAUUUAAAGAAAAACGAUGGUUUGUAGUGGUUUUAUGAUAUGUGAUAAUGACCUGGUGGAAAAUGUGUGUGUUUUUAUAUUUCACUGUCGUUUUGUACGUUGGCUAUGGCUGCAGUCCUCCAAUAGAGUUAUUUUAUUUCCUGUAAAUGAAUAAUUGUUUCUGUGUUUCUCAAAUGACCAUAGUUCUUGAGUAUUCAAAAGGUCUUUUGGGAGGAAUGUGAGUUUAAAGGCCCCUCGUAUCCCUUGUGGCCUUUCCUCUGCUACAGAGAGAGAGGAAAAAUGAAACGUGCUCUUGUGUAAACAAACAUUCCAUUUAAAAAGAGUGUGAAUGUGAGUGAACCAGUCUGUUUUAGAGAAAUGAAGGAUGCAUGGUACUCUUGACUUGCGGCUGUAAGGAUUAAUUCAGAACUGUUCUAGUGUGUUCUCCGCUCACUGUCGUGAAUGUCCCACCCUGAUGUCUGGCACCUCUCCUCCAGUGUUUAUCUCCGCCUGUGUACGUGUAUUUAAAAUAUCAUGUUGUUUGCAAUGUUGUCAUGGGUAAAUGCUCACGUGGAAAACCAAUUGCAAGGGAAAUAAAGAACACUGAAAGUAGUUCACGCUUACCUUGUGUUCAAAUCAAAUGUGGCUACGUUUGUUCAGAAUGCAUGUUGUAUGUACUCGACACUUAAACAAUAUAAGAUCUAAUACAAUUAAUUAUUAAUAUUAAUAACAUUAAUAUUUACCUAUAUAAAUAUGAUAGGUCAACUGUUGGUGUAUACAUAUAUUAUUUUGACAAUGUUAACAUGCUGUGGUUGUAGUUUGUACUGAAUCAUACUUUGAGAUGUUCGUAAUUUUGGCUCUCACGAGGUAACCUAAAAAUUUGGCACAAUUCUCUUUGUGAUGCAUUUAUGUACAACCACAAUAAACAUAUUGUUAAAAUGUUACCAAAAAAAGAGCAUUAUUACUUUUUGUACAGAAUAUUUGAUACAGGUCUUAUGUUAAAUCACUGUAUUGUGCGCAUAUAGUCAUGAUGUUAUGGCCGGGUGGUGUAUUUACAUUGUUUUGUCCUUAAUGUAUUUUUUAUACAGUAGUGUACUAACUUUAACAUGGGCAGACUUCAUGUCCACACUGUUGUUCUUGAAGUCCAAACAUUGUCUAUCCUGAAUGUCAACC